GUAUACCAGCUUGACAAGGUUCUUUGAUAGAUCACUUACAGGUUUUAAGAGGGUGUACAAACCAAGUAAGUUAGACUAACUUUGUUUUUUUGUUUCAGACGGACCUCUGGACACUUUGUGGCCAACUCACCAGUCAGAUCUGCACUUUGGAGACAUCCGUUCAUCGCAGGAGAUGGAGGCGAAUGAAGCCCAUGUGAGAAGCAGAGUUAAGAAGAGGAGAGCUCUGGUGCCCAAAAGGUUCCAGGAGGAGGCUGACAGCUUGGCAAGGACCAUCGCUAGACCCAAGAGGAAGGUAAAUUUUCCUCCACAGGGAAAGAGUCCACCGAGGAAAUCCGGGCUCAGUGGAUGCGGCAGAGACGACGGCACAGACAACGAAGAGGCGGAAGCAUCGCAACACCUGGGAACAGAGCGUGAUGACGUCACUUCCUAUGCAUCAGACGCCGUGGAGAGAGCUGAAUCGGCGGCAGGAGUAAGGAAGAGCAGGAUCGGAGGCUCACAGAAGGGUGAUCCACAUGCUGAGAGUCCGAAUUUGGAGGCACAGCAAGGGGAAAGGUUUGGAGAUUCACAGGGGAGGAGGGUGGGGGGUCCGGAUCGGGUUCCCACUGCCACCAAUGUACACCAGGAAGGGGUACGGAGGGAAAAGACAAGGGGAGCCCACCACAACCAGGGAGGUCCAGGUAAGGGGGCAGCUGUACGGCCAACACCAGCGACUACCAGGGCCACAGCGAAGAGGAAUUUUCAGAUGAAGGGGAAUGGGGGAUGGAAGCUACACCCACCCCCAAGAAGCACAGGCACAGGCGAACCGGCCCCAUGCAGGCCACAGCAACAAGGGGAGGGGGGAGUUUCAGAUUUAGAGGCAACAACAGGCCAGUAUUUGAACAAAGGAACCCACAGAUGGCACACAGGUACAGAGGCAAUGGUACAAUCAGAGGAGACCUGGAUGGGCACCGAAGCAAGAACCGCCUUAUUGGGAUGGUAAUCGGCCGCCAAGCUUCCUUUUUAAAAAUAGGGAGGAAGAGGAAAGCUGGAUGCAGUGGAGGAAGAAAGAACACAGAGACAGGAGGAGGAGGCGGGAACCUCAACAUGGCAGGCGGAGAAAGAAGCCUCCUCAUCAAGUGCAAGGAUAAAAACAAAACAGAAAGAGGAUACAAGCACAAUGGGUUCAAGCAACUCAGCCACUGCAAAGUAGAUAGAGCUGAAAGAAGGUGCUCCAGGGUCCUCGUGACCGAUCGCCGAUACAGAGUCAGGAAGGAAUUUUCCCCUGAGGUUGCUAAUUGGCUACAGGCACCAAGGGGUUUUGCCUUCCUCUGGGGCAUCAUUAUAUGUGGCGGUCGCAUGUUAGCUGCGACUCCAAGGUGUUAUCGCCAGUGCGGCUCCAGGAGAAAAGAUGGUUACAGUGCAGGCCUACCCUGUGGAGAGUCACUAGUGUGGAGCAGACUUUGACUGCACAGUCUUGUCUGAGUCAUGCAAGAGGCUGGGGUUAGCGCCAGUUAUACACACGGUUGGGCCCAGGAGGAUGGGCUACUGAUUGGUCACAAGAGGGCGCUUUUCCCCAUGAUCCCUGCUCCCUUGGUUUUACAUUACGGUGGGGGCACAAUGCCCAAGUUGACGUUAGGAGCCGCAGCUGGGGGUCAGGGUGUACAUAGUCCCUUUUAUCAAAAUUGUUAAAUAAAGAAAGUGACCUCCACAUAUUUUGCCACCACUCAAGUCUCUGUGUCAUUAUUGAGGGUGAUGUGAAAUGCUGGGGGAUAGGGGGGUCCUUGUCUUAUGUGGUGCUCUCACCCAAACCCAACACACACACACACUUGCUAGCUUAUAUCAGCCAAUGAAUGGCCAGAGCUGUUCUCACACACUUAUUCCUGUCACAGUUGGAGCUUAAAUAUUUUCCGGUCAGUAGAGUAAGUGGUGAGUUUCACACUGAGCUCCUUUUAUUGAUACUGAGGUAAAAGAUGUAAAAGGGCGGCAUGUAAGGAUAUGUAUAUACCAGUUUGACAAGGUUCUUCGAUAGUUCACUUAUUAUUAUCUGUAGGUUUAGUGUUUUAUAUAAUUUAUAGUAAAUAAAUAGUUAUAUAUAAAUAGUUAUACAAAUAUAAUAGUUAUACAUAGUUAUACCACUCUCAACAACACUUAUACAACUCUCAACACACUUAUUCCUGUCACAGUUGGAGCUUAAAUAUUUUCCGGUCAGUAGAGUAAGUGGUGAGUAUCACACUGAGCUCCUUCUUAUUGAUACUGAGGUAAAAGAUAUAAAAGGGCGGCAUGUAGGGAUAUGUAUAUACCAGUUUGACAAGGUUCUUCAAUAGUUCACUUAUUAUUAUCUGUAGGUUUAGUGUUUUGUAUAAUUUAUAGUAAAUAAAUAGUUAUAUAUAAAUAGUUAUACAAAUAUAAUAGUUAUACAUAGUUAUACAACUCUCAACAACACUUAUACAACUCUCAACACACUAAUUCCUGUCACGGUUGGAGCUUAAAUAUUUUCCUGUCAGCAGAGAAAGCAGUUGAGUUUCAGACUGAGCUCCUUUUUAACUUUGUUUUUUUGUUUCCCACCCUGUAGGUAGAUAGAUCUGAAAGAAGGUGCUCCAGGGUCCUCGUGACCGAUCGCCGAUACAGAGUCAGGAAGGAAUUUUCCCCUGCAGUUGCUAAUUGGCUACAGGCACCAAGGGGUUUUGCCUUCCUCUGGGGCAUCAUUAUAUGUGGCGGUCAGCGGUACUACCCCAUGUCAGCUGCGACUCCAAGGUGUUAUCGCCAGUGCGGCUCCAGGAGAAAAGACGGUUACAGUGCAGGCCUACCCUUUGGAGAGUCACUAGUGUGGAGCAGACUUUGACUGCACAGUCUUGUCUGAGUCAUGCAAGAGGCUGGGGUUAGCGCCAGUUAUGCACACGGUUGGGACCAGGAGGAUGGGCUACUGAUUGGUCACAAGAGGGCGCUUUUCCCCAUGAUCCCUGCUCCCUUGGUUUUACAUUACGGUGGGGGCACAAUGCCCAAGUUGACGUUAGGAGCCGCAGCUGGGGGUCAGGGUGUACAUAGUCCCUUUUAUCAAAAUUGUUAAAUAAAGAAAGUGACCUCCACAUAUUUUGCCACCACUCAAGUCUCUGUGUCAUUAUUGAGGGUGAUGUAUAAUGCCGGGGGAUAGGGGGGUCCUUGUCCUAUGUGGUGCUCUCACCCAAACCCAACACACACACACACACUUGCUAUCUUACAUCAGCCAAUGAAUGGCCAGAGCUGUUCUCACACACUUAUUCCUGUCACAGUUGGAGCUUAAAUAUUUUCCGGUCAGUAGAGUAAGUGGUGAGUUUCACACUGAGCUCCUUUUAUUGAUACUGAGGUAAAAGAUGUAAAAGGGCGGCAUGUAAGGAUAUGUAUAUACCAGUUUGACAAGGUUCUUCGAUAGAUCACUUAUUAUUAUCUGUAGGUUUAGUGUUUUAUAUAAUUUAUAGUAAAUAAAUAGUUAUAUAUAAAUAGUUAUACAAAUAUAAUAGUUAUACAUAGUUAUACCACUCUCAACAACACUUAUACAACUCUCAACACACUUAUUCCUGUCACAGUUGGAGCUUAAAUAUUUUCCGGUCAGUAGAGUAAGUGGUGAGUAUCACACUGAGCUCCUUCUUAUUGAUAUUCUGAGGUAAAAGAUGUGAAAGGGAGGCAUGUAGGGAUAUGUAUAUACCAGUUUGACAAGGUUCUUCAAUAGUUCACUUAUUAUUAUCUGUAGGUUUAGUGUUUUGUAUAAUUUAUAGUAAAUAAAUAGUUAUAUAUAAAUAGUUAUACAAAUAUAAUAGUUAUACAUAGUUAUACCACUCUCAACAACACUUAUACAACUCUCAACACACUUAUUCCUGUCACAGUUGGAGCUUAAAUAUUUUCCGGUCAGUAGAGUAAGUGGUGAGUAUCACACUGAGCUCCUUCUUAUUGAUAUUCUGAGGUAAAAGAUGUGAAAGGGAGGCAUGUAGGGAUAUGUAUAUACCAGUUUGACAAGGUUCUUCAAUAGUUCACUUAUUAUUAUCUGUAGGUUUAGUGUUUUGUAUAAUUUAUAGUAAAUAAAUAGUUAUAUAUAAAUAGUUAUACAAAUAUAAUAGUUAUACAUAGUUAUACCACUCUCAACAACACUUAUACAACUCUCAACACACUUAUUCCUGUCACAGUUGGAGCUUAAAUAUUUUCCGGUCAGUAGAGUAAGUGGUGAGUUUCACACUGAGCUCCUUUUAUUGAUACUGAGGUAAAAGAUGUAAAAGGGCGGCAUGUAAGGAUAUGUAUAUACCAGUUUGACAAGGUUCUUCAAUAGUUCACUUAUUAUUAUCUGUAGGUUUAGUGUUUUGUAUAAUUUAUAGUAAAUAAAUAGUUAUAUAUAAAUAGUUAUACAAAU